AUGCCCCGUGCUCUCGCCUUCGGCAGAUCUCUCGUCAAGGAAAGUAGGAGGCGCGCAAAAGCCUCUUCGGUUAGCUUUCCCAAUAUCUUUAAACUUUCCUUGCAGUGCUUACAUACGACAGUUGAUGAUGUGAACUCGGACUAUGGCCGAUUGCCUGUGCGCUCAAUCACGGAAAGCGACACUCUCUCAGACUUUUUCUCAUUAGCGUCUUUGUCAAAUCAAGACUUCAAUGCAGGUACUACAAAAGAAGAACUAAACCUAUUAGAAAAAGAUGCAUUUCUGGCUUGGCGAAGAGAGCUUUCCAGGAUCGAAGAGUCGCAUACCGGGGUUAUUACGCCUUAUGAGAAAAAUUUGGAAUUUUGGCGCCAGCUCUGGCGUGUUAUUGAAAGAAGUGACGUUCUCGUACAAAUUGUUGAUGCUCGCCAGCCAUUGCUCUUUUAUUGCGAGGAUCUCAGCAUUUAUCUUGCUGAGCUUGAUCUCAUGAAGAAAACAAUACUGAUGCUUAAUAAAUCUGAUUUGCUCUCAUACUCACAAAGGAAAUUUUGGUGUGAUUAUUUUUCUAAGAAAGGCAUAAGAGUGGUGUUUUGGUCCGCCCAGAUGAACCAUAGAACUUCUUUACAACGUUCUGAUAUUCUAUAUUCCAAUGGACAUCUUGAUGAUAUCGAUCAUAACACUGUGCCAAUGACUCCAACUCAAGGUUGUGUAAAACAGAAUACUAUCACUUCUGUCAAUAUUCGAGAGUCCCAAUGCAAUUAG